AUGUAUGUAUUCUUAUUGAUGGUUUGUAUAGCACUAACAAAUUAAUCAGUGAGAUAUAUCAGUUUGAAUGAAGUACUAGAUGAUGCAAUAGAAGCCUACGAUUAUAAAGUUUAUAGAUUAUAAGUGCAUAAUGCAGAGAAAUUGUAGAAUCGUACUUUGAUAGUGUAAUUGCUACCAUAGAUUGGAAAUCCGAAGGUAGCAGUGGAGUGUGACACGGAACCAAAAUUGUUAGAUUAUUAUGAGUGGCAAACAGGAUCUUGGUUCAUGCAAUAACUCACAAUUUCAUACUAAGAAAGAAAAGCAUUGAAUUGUACAGAUAAAGAAUUUUACAUUGGUGUUUCGAGUGAGGUUGUAUCUGGUUAUUAAUUGGUAACAUAUGUUUUGGAUGGCAUUCAAUAGUUGGAUUACAACAUUCCACUAAGUGGUGAAUUAGUUGAGAAGGAAAUCCUACAGUUUAAAUUGAAGCCAAUCUAAUCGACGGAAUAAAUUACUUUACAGAUUACAGCAAAUUAAGUGGAAAAGUUCUUAAAGCAAUGCACAAGUGAGGAUUGCUCAAUCACUUUAAGUGAUUACGAAGGUAGUGACACUGAUACAGCUGUCCAUCUCACUUAAUCAUCGCUUACCUUUGUACACGCAAAUUGCUAAGAUUGCUAUUAUUUGGUUGGAUUAAAAAGUGAAACAAAGACUCAAUUUCGUAUAUUAGCCAAACGCAAAGAAUAACACAUCAUUUUAAGAGAGGGAGAAUAAGAGCAAUUUCAUGUGGAAGAAGGAUUCUCUGUUUAUUAUUUGUACAACAUCCCCAAUGAUACUAAUAUAAAAAGUGUGAAAUUCCAAAUCACUCAAUACAAUGGAACAUGUAUGAUGUUUGGCAGUUCUUCAGAUCAAUAUCCGAAUGCUACUAAUUUUGAAAUGAGGAGUUCUUCAUAAUUGAAGGCUAGCAAUACUCAAACAGUCUAAACAGUCUAUUUGAGUGUAUAUGGCUAUACUCAUUGUUAGUAUGGCAUUUACACUUAAGUGGAAAGAUAUCAAACAGUCAAUUAAACUCACUUCAUACAACUCCAAAGUGGAGUGCCACAAAAAUAUUUAUCAAGUGAUCAAUACAGUUUCUUUUACAUUCAAUUAACUUAGAAAUAGAACUUCACGAUUACAUUAUAAAAUCUUGAAGGCAACUUCAUUAUGUAUGUUAAGUCCAAUUUAAAGGAUAAUGAAAUCCCAGAUAGCAAUAGUUACUAAUGGAAGGAUUCCAAGUAGAUUGAAAUAAAUAUUGAUGAUGUUAAUUAUGCAACUCAAUAUUACAUUGGAGUCUAGAGAUUAAAUGAUCAAGGAGAAUUCAUUAUCCAAUAUAGUAUGCAUGGAGACAUCGAGUUUUAUCAAGUAGGAUAGUAGAUUAUAGGCACUGUUGCUAAGAAAAAGUUUAGAUAUUAUAAAUUGCCUAUGGAACCUAGAAACAUCACUAUAACCAAAGACAUUUACUCAGGCAAUGAUGUAGUUGAUUUGGAUAUGUACAUCUCUUUUGAUCAAAAGAAUACCCAUCCCAAUCUUAAAAACCAUAACAUCUAUUUAACUGGUAAGAAUCUAACCAUUCCUGAGUCUGAUUUGCAAUGUCAAUAAAAUACGACCAAGAUAUAUGAAAGGAAUCCCUGUUAUAUUUACAUAUCGGUGUCAUCUUCAUCAGGAACUAUCUUCUAUACAAUAUCCACAAAGUAUGAUAAUAGCAGAAUCCAAUUGUAUGAAGGUUAUCCCCAGACUGUCACCUUUGAUCAAAAUACUCUAUUCUAUUACAUACUUAAUCAAAAAGAGAUCUCACUACAAUGGUAUUCCUAUGGGGGAAGCCAAGCCUAUGUGGAGGCCUAUUUUGGUAAUAAAGACAAUCCUGAUUUGAAAUAUGAAACCUUCAAGGCUCACUCUUAUUUCACUUAAUUUCAAAGCAUUAUAAUCCCAGAAUCGGAGAAAUAUUCCUUAUUGUACAUUCAUGUUUAACCUAUUCAACCUCAUUAUCAAGGCGACACGUACACCAUUGGUAUCUAUGAAGAAGUCCAAUUAAUGACUUUAUCAGAUCCUAUAAUCGACAAGGUAUAGAAAGGUUAAACCAAAUUUUACAAAUUAAGUUUAACUCAGGAUGUCAAAUCAAUUGAGGUUAAUGUUCAUGUCAAAGGUGGUGGAGAUGCUCUGACUCCCAGAGUUUCUAAAGGGAAGGACAAAAGACCUAGUUUAUAUGAAUAUGAUAUAUAUUGGACAGAAAUAGUUGGAUCAACAUAUAUUCUUUAAGAAAUGAGUGAUCGUUAUUUGGCUAAGGAUGAUUAUAUCAUUGGUCUUUAUGGUCAGAUUGAUUGCGAAUUCUAGAUUAGUUACAAUCUUGAUGAUGCCAAAUUUUAUAAUGCCUUCCUUGGUUAUCCUUUUGAUGUUCUAUUCGUCGAAGAUAUUCCUUAUAAUUAUCUUUUUAGAGACAAUCCAAGUGAUGAAGAAUUUAAAAUUAUAGUGUUUGCAAUUCAAGGCAAAUUAUAAAUCAGAACCAAAAAAUUGAGUAUUUUUGAUGAUGUAAGUGCCAUUACUAGUAAUGAUACUUUAAUUAUUGAUGAAAUUGUUACCAAACAAAAAUCAUUUUAAGUGAAGACAUGCUAGUAGUCUAGUUGUAUUUAUGUAGUCGAGAUCACUGCCAUUUCAGGUGACACCAAAGGUUUGAUUGAAUUUACCAGUCACCAAUAUUAUACAACUCUACAGGAAGGUCAUCAAUGGAGGGAAAUCCUGAAUGAAUCAGAGACUUCCCUCUACCACUUUAAUUCAUAUGUGAAUGUUCAAUUCAGUAUCUAAAUGAUAAGUGGUGAUAUCAGAUUAUAUUUGAAGGAAGGACAAGAACUUAAACACAAUGAUGAGGCCCAUCAUACACAGAGAAUUUAGAAUGAUACUUAAAUUCUAUUCUAAAAGAAGAGUUCCAGUCCAUCGAUAAUUACAAUUAAGGUUGAAUCCUUGGCUCCGACUUCUAUCUUUAAAAUUAGUGCAAUUCGAUAGUACAAUUAGGUCAUCACUAUUCAUUUGGGUCAGAUGAUGACUUAUUUCGUACAGGCUCAAGAGACCGUCCAAUUGUAAUAUCAAUCAAUCACUCAACCAACCAAUAGUCAAUCCAAAUUCAUCACAUUACAAAUUUAAAACAUCCAUUAAUCGAUAGACAAUCUAUAUUUUGAAAUUACUCACACUUCCAUCAAACCUAUCAAUUAUUUUAACAAAUAUCCAAAAGCCAUUUCAUAUUAUCUGUAUGAUUAGUUCGGGUUGUACAAUAUUUCAAUCAAGGCUUUACAUAACAGUACUUAUGUCAGAGUGAUCAUCACAAAUGGAGAAUUAAAUGCUUUGACUGAUGGAGUGUCACAAUACUAAUUAACCAAAAUUGGAUAACCGAACUAUUAUGAGAUCUUCGUACAAUCAAAAUCGAAACUCCUGUUGGAAGUAUUCACUUGUUCAGGAUCUAUCUUAGUGCAGGGGACAAAGAACGAAACCAAUCUCGCCAAACAAAUCUUUGAAAUAUAAGUAAUGAACUCAUCGCAAGAACACAUACAAACAAUCCUAUCACUUGAAGCUGGUACAUACUAUUUCCUAGUGAAAUUGAUAUCCGCUCAUACUUAAGAUGAAAACAAGAAUAAAAUAUCAUCAUAUUAUAUCAAGUAACAAACCUUUAUUUAAGGGGAAUUAAUCCCAUCAACAUCAUUUUAAUUAAGUAACAAAUCCAUAGAUUGGUACAAAGUAGAUAACAAUUUGAUCAUUCAUAUUCCAAAUCUAAUCUAGGUUAAAAAAGAUAUCACAUUAGUCCACGUCUAUUUUAUUGUUAGAAUGCAAUAGGCAAUUGGCGAAAAGAGUCUUGCUUGCAUGUUUGAAUCCAAUUAUGUGAACAACAAGACCAAUGUUUAUGGUAAGUAUACUCAGGUUGUGGAAUAAAGCAAUUUCAGCAAUAUAACGACUGUUACUUUUGCAACGAAGGACCAAUAGGCCAAGUAUUUAAGUGUCGUUGGAAAAGUGUAAUUGUAAAUAGAGAAUGAAAUCGAAGAACUUACAUAUCCGUUACCAAUCAUAGAAAUGAACUAUACUAACCAUUAGCAGGAGUCCAUCCAACAAUGGGUCUUACUAGGCAUAUUUCUGACAAUCUUGCUUAUCACUGGGUUCUUCGUGUACUUUAAUAUAAGGAAAUAAGUGCAUCAUUAAAACCAUAACACACUCAAUAUUGAAAUGAAUUAUUAAACAUUUAAUAAUUGA